AUGCUGGUCGGCCUGAUAGAAGGGACAAAGGUUAACUGGGCAAAAGCAGUGUUCAACAAUCUGAAGGACACGGUCAAACCGGAUUCCAACCAGUCAUGGGGAUACGCCGUUCCUCUCGGUGGCCGAAAGAAGGCAACCGGCAAGAAAGCGGCCCCAACUAAAGAAAAGGCCAAGAGCAAAGGGAAAGAGAAAAUAGUCUUCUCGGAACCGCCACCGCCAACGGAAGAGGAAGAGUCGGCUUCCACUUCUGAAAGAUCCGAAUCAGAAAAGACCGAUGACGAAAGAUCGGGCAAUGAAGAAGAGCAUUUGGGCCAAAGUCCCGAUAAUGCCGGUCCUGGCACAAAUCCUGAGACCACCGAGGGUGGUGAAGAGGAUGGUGAAGAAGGUGGUGAAGAAGGCGGUAAUGAAAGCGGUAACGAUGAUGAUGAGGAGGACGAAGAGGCAGAGGCCGAUAAGGUAGCUCUGAAACUCCUAAAGGCACUAAAAAGCGAGCCGAGAUGA